GCCUGUCUAAUUCAUACAGCUCUAUGUUUAUAAAUCCAAUUUCUGUGACAUCAGCAGGGUGAAGGUUUGGCCAGACUCCUGCUUUCCACCUCCUCCGGGAUAAAACCAUGAGGAGCAGCCUGCGGAGCGCCGAGCCUCUCAACACUCUCCUCUCCUCCUCCUGCAGGAGCUCCGAGCAGCUGAUCCACUAAAGCGCUCAUCUCCUGCCUGAGGAACAACACAGGACCCGGCUACAGGAAGGGCGAAGGGAGGAAGGAGGGAGGCAGAGCGAGAUAAAGCGCAGCUUUCUUGCGUUAUGUUGGGCAACAGGAAGAAAGCAGUCCCCGUGCUGAAGAAUGGAGCCGGGACGUCCCAGGCAAAGGCCAUCGAUCCUCUGAGGAACCUGGGAGUGCAGGAUGAUGAAGAUGUGAAGCGGAUGUUGCAGGGCUCCAGUAUGGUAAAGGUCCGCUCGCCUCGCUGGCAGAAGCGACGAACUCUAAAGCUGCUGGAAGAUGGUGUCACUGUCUGGUGUCAGUCCCACAAAACCUCCAGCCGGGCCAAAGAGCAACAGUCCUUCUCUGUCAUGGAAGUGGAGUGUGUUCGUGAGGGUUGCCAGUCGGAGAUGUUACGGCAGAUGGCUGGCUCGGUACCUGAGGAGCGGUGUUUGACGGUGGUCUUCAAAGGGCCCCGCAAGAGCCUGGAUCUCCUCUGCCAGAGCCAGGAGGAGGCUCAGCAUUGGGCCCGUGGAAUCAGAACCCUGCAGGGGAGGGUGGAAAACAUGACCCAGAAGGAGAAACUUGAUCACUGGAUUCAUGCUUACCUGAGUCGGGCUGACCAGAACCAUGAUGAUAAGAUGAGCUAUGACGAAGUCCAGACACUGCUGCAGAUGAUCAACAUUGACCUGAGUGACCAGUAUGCCAGGAGCCUCUUUCAGAAAUGUGACCAGUCUGCCGACGGUCGUCUGGACCACGGGGAGAUUGAAGUGUUCUGCAGGGAGUUGUUACGGAGACCAGAGCUGGAUGCUGUGUUUAUCCGCUACUCUGCAAACGGCUGUGUACUUUCCACUGUGGACCUGAGGGAUUUCUUGAAGGACCAGGGGGAGGAUGCUUCACUCAUCCAUGCCCAAAGCCUCAUCCUCACCUAUGAACUUAAUGAGUGGGCCCAGAAGAACCAGUUCAUGACCCCCAAUGGCUUUACCAUGUACAUGCUGUCUAAGGAGAACUGUGUGUUUAACCCGGACCAUGCAAGGGUUUACCAAGACAUGAAUCACCCACUGGCCCACUACUUCAUCUCCUCGUCCCACAACACCUACCUCACUAAGGACCAGCUGACUGGGAGCAGCAGCACAGAGCCGUACAUUCGAGCCCUGAAUCAUGGCUGCCGCUGUGUGGAGCUGGACUGUUGGGAUGGAGAUAAAGGAGAGCCGGUCAUCUAUCAUGGACACACACUCACCUCCAAAGUGCCCUUUGUCGAAGUCAUUGAGACUAUCAACGACUACGCUUUCAAAGCCUCUCCUUAUCCUCUGAUCCUGUCCCUGGAGAACCACUGCUCCGUGGAGCAGCAGACAGUGAUGGCUCAAAACCUGCGAUCCAUCCUGGGAGACAAACUGCUCACCAAGCCCCUUGAUGAUUUUGAUCCUAACAACCUGCCUUCUCCAGAGGAUCUUAAGGGUAAAAUCCUGGUGAAGGGGAAGAGGGAGCGCGUGGUGGAGUGCUCAUCCAGCUCUUCAGAUCUCAGCUCCUCAGACGAGGAGGCCAGCUGCACUGACAGCAAAUCCUGCAGAAAGAAAGAGGACAAGAAGGUGCCAGGUUUGUCUAAACUGAGUCCAGAGCUGUCCGAGCUGGUGGUGUAUACCCGCAGUGUUCCCUUUAAAAGCUUUGAACAAGCAGCCAAACACCCGGCAACUGACCUGUCCUCUUUCUCCGAGAGUGAAGCACUCAGGCUCAUUAAGGACUCAGGGAUGUAUUUUGUUCGUCACAACAGCCACCAGCUCAGCAGGAUUUACCCCUCAGGCCAGCGCCUCCAGUCCUCCAACUACAACCCUCAGGAGAUGUGGAAUGGAGGCUGUCAAAUUGUUGCUUUAAAUUUUCAGACACCUGGUGAGCAGAUGGACCUAAACCAAGGCAGGUUCCUGCAGAAUAAUCAGUGUGGGUACGUGUUGAAGCCUCCCUUCAUGUGCCGCCCUGACACCACCUUCAACCCAGAGAAUGUUGGUGGAGGUACAGGCCACAGACCUGUCCUACUCACAGUGCGGGUUAUUUCAGCUCAGCAGCUGCCUAAACCAGAAUGGGACAAACCCAGCUCAAUUGUGGACCCUCAGGUGUGGGUGGAGAUACAUGGUGUUCCCAUUGACAACAAUAAGAAGAAAACUGAUCAUGUCAGCAACAAUGGCUUUAACCCACGAUGGGACUGUACCUUCAACUUUACCGUCCAUGUCCCUGACCUGGCUCUGGUUCGCUUCAUGGUGGAGGACCAUGACUAUACCUCAAGCAAUGACUUCUUAGGACAAUACACCCUGCCUUUUACGAGUCUCCGCACAGGUUAUCGUCAUGUCCGACUUCUCAAGCUGGAUGGCUCCAGCCUUUCACCCUCCUCGCUCUUCGUCCAUCUUAAGGUCACCCCAUGUCAGAGCAGUCCUUCAAAAGCAUCAGCUAAGUCAACGGCCAAGUCUUCAACCAAGAAACCCUAAUCUGAUCUUGACCCCAUAGUAACAUGAAGCAUGGAGGCCACCGUGGAAAGAUCCCUGGACAUAUCUGCCCGGAUCCAGGCAAAAAAAAUAAUCUUGUCCUACAAAUGUUGCAGCUAUAUCCUUAACCUGUCUAUAUUUUAUAGAAGAAGAGGAUUGUGUUGUGUUUCUUUAAUCCCUCAUUUAAUGCAGGCUUGAUUUUUCAGAGCAGACUCAAGACUUUAAUGAAAACCCAUUAAACCAGCCUGCAGAAGUCUACAUAUAUAUUAAUCUACGAGACCAUGACCAAAGGUUGGUGCUAGAUUUUGAACAUUUAUGACUUAUAGCUAUACUCUUAAUCUUAUGAGGUCUCACGCCCUCUGAAGGGAGGACUUCUUUUUUAACUACAAGCAUUUUUUUUUUGUGUAUUUUAUCAGAACAGUCCAGAAAUACCUGCUGGUAUGUGAUUCAAACAUUAUUUAGGUUAGGGUGGAAAGCCUACAUGUAAGUGGAGACUUUCUAAAUGGUAUUUGAAGGAGAGAUUGUCUAUGAAGUCAUCAUCUAUAAACCCUACUCUGAUGUAAUAUGUACAUUGACAGAGCUAUUGGUAAUAAUUCCUGCUUUCCAUACUGGCUGUGAAGUGAUCCUUUUCUUAUGGGUCUGGACAGUAAAAGAUGAGGGACAGAGUCCACAAUCAACACUAUGUACAGAAACACAUUCCAUAGUUCAGCUAAAGCUAAGUUAUGGCUUUAGGAGUCUGAAGGCACAGGUAUACUUCAACGAAGUACUUGUCGGAUGGUCAGAAUAGCCUCUGAAACCGCUGGCCAACAAUUUUUGUCACUUUUCUGAAAACAAAAACAUGCCCACUGCAUGAAUUUUUUCAUUCAAACCUUAAUUUAAGACUUGGGUAAUAGAUUUAGGGAUUUUCAGUGAUGACUUUUAAACAAUAACACCCUACCGAGCUUGAUCAAAGAUAUCAAGCAAACAAUCAGAAGCAAAUCAAGAUAGAAAUACAAUUGUAAGCAGAGCUGCCAUUGGUACGGCUGCCUCAGGGCCCCCAAUGGGCAGGGGCCCCCUGUCAGCCUUCCUCUUAUACACAAUGGUGGUCACUGUUAAUGACCAAGGAGGAACUGGUGGGGCUCCUGUGUGCUCUGAACUGCAUACCAUCACUGAGCAGCUGAUACCUUGUGCAUACUGACCUACGCUUACGCAAAUUCAGCUGGUCUGAUGAUGGUGCUGAUGGCUGUUAGAUCAGCACAGCGCCAUCCUUGGUGCUGAAACAUUUUAAUUUGACUGGCAACCUGUUUUCUUUAGGCUAUGUGUUCUUCAAAACAAGCUCAUCUUAAAAUGAGUUGGUCACAAGAGCCCCAUGAGAAAGCUCCGCCCCCCUGUGCUGAGAGUCUAGCUCCGCCCCUGAAUACAAUCAUGUAAAACAAUAAACAAUGUCAGUGCAAACUGUUACAGGCCAAGUGGACGGUUAGUGAGUAAAUGCCAAAAGCGUCCAAGCAGUGUUAAUAUCAGGGUGAACUGUCCCUUUGAGCCUUCUCACAUUAGGAAGAAUCUGUUCACAGCCAGUAUAAACAGUAGGAAUAACAACAAUCAAAACCCUAUCAGCAUUUGAACAUAUGGCAGUCUGGUAUUGUAUUAAGAUAUACUAGAUUGUAUAGUCUACUAUUUUAAUUACAAGAUUCACUUUUAAGCUUCUUCUGCUUUCAACCGUAUCAUCCUUGGUACUUUUAAAUGCAUCUUGGUAAUCACAUUACUAAGAGAAACCAGGUUACAUAAGAAAUCUGAGAGCAUGUUUACAGUCAGGCACUGGAGUGGCCUGCAGUGUGUCUCAAAUUGCAUACUUCUGUACUAAACACUUCAUAAUUUGAGACACUGCAUAGUACAGGAAAAUGCACUGUACUACUGGCACACUUAAAACAGUCCAAAAGCUGAGUGUGGAAUGAUAGACACUUCUGUCCCUCAACGGGCACCAUCUUUGUGACAGCAAACUUGUCAGCUUUGUUGACUUGUCAACAGGCUUGUUAGUUAUACAUGUUGUUUGUACUAAGUAUCAAUACUUUAAUGUUUGUUGAUCUGUAAUGAUUUAGUACCACAAACAAUGAUGCGAGUGCAAAUAUAAGCUUGCUGGCUAAUGUUAGCAUUCGCUAGCUAGCUAACAUGUUCCUAGCUACAGCAGCACAUUAUAUUCAGCAUUAAAGUUGUGGUGUAAGUUUGGUUUAUGUGUGGGUUGAGUUUGCAGUCAAAUGUUGGCAAUAAUACUCCACCAUCCGUCUGCAAUUUGCAAUUUGAAAUUAGUGCACCACGCAAGAAGUCCGUACUGUGCGUAGUGUAUUACAUUGAAGUGUACUAACGGAAGUAUGCCAUUUGAGACACGCUCCUGGUUACCUCAAAUCUGUGCAUACAUGCAGUGCGACCAUUUACUAAAAAGCUCUCAGUGUAAAUCUGAUAGUGAGUGCAUAUGUGACAACGUCCUCAGUACUAUAAAGCAAAGCCAUAUGAAAAAUGACAGUUGCUGAAAGAUGUUACAGCAGCUCUCCAUGAUGACAAAAAAGUUCUGCCUGUCUGAUACGUGCUGUACAAAUGAAAUGCAGUUAAAUCCCGUCCAAGUACUUUUAUCAUGUACCUUAGUGUGUUAUGUUAAAUGGAAAACAUACUUUGAAAAGAUUACUCUUUGUUAAAUAUUUGAUUCACAGUGACUGUAUUUUAGCUUGACACAAUCGACUUUUAUGUGUUAUCCCUUUUUACCAGUGAAUGACCAACCUAUAUUAUUAAGUAGCCAAGUAGAGUUUUUAUACUAGAGGUAGAAUUAGCUCAGUUAUGCAACAGCAAAAUGAUGAUGUGCACUAGAUAAAUCUGCUGCCUUAUUGUUAGCUUGUUAGAUGAGAUAUGCACGCAUAUGCUACAUAGUUCCAAUAAGUUUUCUUCGCUUUGUUUUAUUUUGUUUACUUUGUGUUUCGAUGUGUACUGUGCUAGGAGAGCACGCUUCACUGAUGAUCUUGGCCACUGUGACAAAAAGGCUUUAUUAUUGUCAGUGUCGAACGAAUUAUUUGACACAUUUCUGUGUUGGACAUCACUCUGUUAAGUUAUCUACUGUAGCGUAUGUUAACAAAAAGCUUUUAUACAGUGUUGUUUUUAUUGAAGAGGGAACUUUUAUUUUGUAAGUAUUUUGUAGGAGCUGGUUUUAAAACAUUAAUAUUGUGUUGAUGUACACAUGACAAGAAGCACUAUGGAUAUUUUAUAUUAAGGUAAUCUCACAGAUAAUCUUUUGCGAUGAAGGAAAUUUUUAACCAGGAUUGGAUUCUUGGAGGAUAAAGAAAGCCUAUUUGGGAUCAGUGUUAGUCUUCAAGCAUCUUAAAAUGUGUGAAAUAUUCAGCUUUGAAAUAUGUUUGACAUCAUGAGAAAACUGUUAAAGGUCCAGUGUGUAGGAUUUAGUAGCAUCUAGUGGUGAGGUUGCAGAUUGCAACCAAUUGAAACUUCUCGCCCACAAGGUCCAGUGAAUGGGCCCUCGCUAAAUCUGCUGUAGUCAUAUCAACGCACGUGGUCACGGGUCCAUGUUUUGUUUUGUUUUUCUUUGCAAAGGUUGCAAAAAAAUUUAAAAAAUAAAAAAAAACAUUCCGUUUUCAGGAGAGGGGGUUUUAAUAAGUUAUGGUGAAUAUUUUGGUUCAAAAUAAAAUUGGGUUUUCCUUGCUUAUAUUUAAGAACACAACUAUAGCUGAACUUUUUUAUUUUUUGGUGCAUGCACCAGGCAUGAACUCCAUUGGACGGAAAAGGUGCCCCAUUGGGGUCUGCUAUCUAGUUAUUAUAUAUGUAUAAUGUAGAUAUUGAGGGCUCAUGCUAAGGUAGCAAAAACACAAUGAUUCCUAGUUUCAGAUAUACCAAUUAAAACAUGGUUAUAAUAGUUAUAUUCAAUUUCUGCCAAUACACCCCCUUAAGCUCUACACACUGGACCUGUAAGGGAACAUUUUUGUGGGAUGAAUAGUUAUCUGCUUUGUCAGUUUGACACAACAUAGUAUCAGAAGGAUCUUGCAGAACUGGAGUAAAAUGUGAAGUUUUGGAGUCAGUGCCAAAACUUAACAGUUUCAGACAAAUCCCAGCCUUGUGUCUGACAAUAUUGCACUUAUUUACAUGUUUCGGGAGCUGUAAGUGUAAGACCUACAUAUAUGGUUAAAGACCAAAGGUAUGUUUUUGUAACUGUAGCAAUGACAACAAAAGCUGGAACAGUACAAUUCUAAGCAUUGACAUUGUUGUUUAUUUAUUACAUUUGAAGUAUUUUACUGUUUGCUUUUGUCAUGCACCAGUUGUAUAGUGAUCAACCUGAUGUUAUUUAUUGAACAGGUAAUAUAUACAUGAUGAUAGAAAUGAAAUAUGAUAAAAGAUUUUGGAAAUAGUUAUGAAGAACCUUAUAAUGCCAGAGAGUAUUGACUCCAGCUUUUAACCAAACUGUUAACUGUCACGUCCAAAUGAGAUGUUAUUGUUUUCUUUUGUUGUUGUUUUUUAAUAGUGAAAAAAUAAAUAAAAGUAUAAUUUCAGCA